CUUCGGAAUGAUAAUGGAACACCUGGAUGUACACUAUAAACUAUAAUGAAAGCUAGUUUUCAGGCUGGAAAUUAUGCCUUUCGCUCUCACAGUGUGUAUCUCUCAAUUUAUAUUUAAUGCAUUUGUGUUGCUAGAUUUAAAUUCGCCUUUCGCGAACGCGCAACUUCGAGUAGUUGGAGGAAAUACUGUGACAAAUAGAAGCCAAUUCGCUUUUCAGGUAUCUAUCACAUAUAAAAAUCAACAUAUAUGCGGAGGCUCAAUCAUAGAUUCGCAAAGAAUUUUAACAGCAGCACACUGCUCCUUCUCCGAGACUGGGGCUAGUCUUAGGACGACCGACUUAAACGUACUUGUAGGACAUCUCAAACAAAAUGGCGCAGCAUACAAGUACAACGUGUUUAAGAUAACUGCCCACCCAAACUACAACUGGAGGACGUUGCAGAAUGACAUCUGCAUUAUGGCGAUAACACGUGGUUUCCAGCCGUGGAAUGACUUGGUACGCCCAAUACCUUUAACGAAAUCGUUGCCUGCGCUCCAUACAGAGUGCAUCAUUUCUGGUUGGGGAAAGUCACAUGAGAACUCUACCACUGGAAUGAAUGCGCUACAGUUUGCCUACGUGGAAAUACUAAAUUGUAAUGUAGGUAUGGAAUACGUCGCCAUUCGCUACGGAAUGUUAUGCGCGGGAAGUGUCAACGGUGAUGCCGAUUCGUGCAACUUGUACCUCAGGGCGAUUCGGGAGGACCUUUGGUCUGCAACGGUCAGUUAGUAGGCGUUGUAUCUUGGGGACUUGGAUGUGGACGUCGAGGUCUUACAGGUGUAUAUACCGAUGUGUCUAAAUAUCUCGAUUGGAUUGCACUCACGGGUACCGCUGCGGUUCGAAUCGGUUCCUUAUCGCUAGGUUGCGUUUGUUUAAUGACAAUUUCUUGGAUAAAGUAAGGCAAUCAAAGAGUAUAGUGGUACGGUUUUACCUUAAAAAAUAAAAUUUGUGAUGGAAUAACAGAAUGUAACUGUGUAAUCAAUAGCAUUAGGUUAAUUAUUUAUUAUAUUUGAUAUAUAUUUUUUGUUUGUUA